AUGUCCAUCCCGAGGCUCGAGCUGCAAGCAUGCGUCCUUGGGGCGCGUCUUCUUAAAUUCGUGCAAGACAAUCAUCCGGUUGUGUUCUCCAAGAGAUUCCUUUGGACAGACUCUUCGACAGCAAGAUCUUUGAUACGGUCGGACCCGCGACGCUACAAACCCUUCGUAGCUCAUCGGGUAGGCGAGAUAUUGGAGAUCACGGAUGUCAGUGAAUGGCGGUGGGUACCGUCCAAACUUAACCCUGCAGAUGAAGCUACCAAGUGGGGCCGAGGACCUUAUUUCCACUCAGAUAGCCAAUGGUUUAACGGGCCGGAUAUCCUGCGACUUCCCGAGGAGAAAUGGCCGCAAAUGACUGGAACGGUGGAGGUGACAACCGAAGAUGCUAGACCUUCGGUGUUGUUUCAUUUCGCGAUGGAACCAGUGCUGGAUUUCGAACGAUUUUCGACCUGGAAGAGGAUGUUACGCACUACGGCUUACGUUCUACGUUUCUUCUUCAACAUCUCUAAACCAGAACAGAAGCGGUGCGGAUCCCUUACACAAGCUGAACUGCUCGACGCUGAACGGACGAUAAUGAAGCUGGUCCAAGGAGAAAGCUAUCCAGACGAAACGGCGGUUCUUGAACAGAGAGAUUCUCAACAAAAAGGUCAUGGGUCCAUUGAUCGAAACAGCAAGCUGUACCAAUUAAUGCCCGCAGUAGAUGAAAAUGGUUUGCUGAGGCAACAAAGUCGUGUAGCUGCGGCAAAAGAAUUGGAAUUCGAUGCCCGGUUUCCAUUCAUCCUGCCACCAAAGCACCGAGCAGUGAGACUUCUGGUGGAAGAUUAUCAUCGUCGCUAUCGACAUGCGAACAACGAAACCGUCGUUAACGAACUGCGCCAGCGCUUUACCAUCUCGAGUCUACGUCAGCUUGUUAAGUCAGUGGUCUAUAAGUGUCAGCUGUGCAAGAUCCGCAAGGCACGUCCCAGCAAUCCACCGAUGGCGGCACUUCCUCCAGCCCGCCUAGCGAUGCAUUACCGUCCGUUCACCUACGUAGGCCUGGAUUAUUUUGGCCCGUUCCUGACGAAAGUUGGAAGGUCGAACGUGAAGAGAUGGAUCGCCCUCUUUACGUGUCUCACCGUUCGGGCUGUUCAUCUUGAAGUUGCCUAUAGUCUGUCAACGGCUUCCUGUAUCUCCUGUGUACGACGAUUCGUCGGUCGUCGAGGGUCGCCAAUGGAAAUUUUUAGCGACAACGGUACGAACUUCCAAGGUGCGGAACGUAUACUUCGUGAGCAGAUCGACAAAGAGUUGUCUGUGACAUUCACCAGCACAACGACGAAGUGGAGUUUCAUACCUCCCGGGGCUCCACACAUGGGGGGCGCUUGGGAAAGGUUGGUACGGUCUGUCAAGUCAGCUAUGAAGGAUGCAUACAUGGAGGGGAAAUUAAACGAUGAAGAACUUUUAACGCUGGUUGUAGAAGCGGAGAGAACGGUUAAUUCGAGGCCUCUGACACACUUCCUUUUGGGAAAUUCUAGUGGAGCGAAGCAGACUGGUGUGGGGAUUAGCGAAUCCCAAAAUAAUUUGCGGGAAACCUGGGGUGGAAUUCAACGGCAACUGGACAAGUUCUGGCAGCGUUUUCUGAUCGAAUAUCUACCGGUCAUCCGUAGGCAACCAAAAUGGUUCGCCGAAACCAAACCUUUGCAGGUCGGCGAUCUAGUGCUGGUUGCAGACGGAGGAAAGCACAACGAAUGGGCCCGAGGCAAAGUGACCCAGGUCUUCCAAGGCUGUGACGACAAGAUUCGGCAAGCCUUAGUGCGAACGCAACAGGGAACCUUCAGGCGGCCGACAUCAAAACUCGCCGUGCUCGACGUGGAUGCUCGUGCUGUCCCAGAAGACGGUGGGAAGCACCGGGGGGAGGAUGUUGACGGUACCGUCGAGCUUGCCACCCUGUCUCAACCGGUUCUACCGUUCCAAUGA